UCUCAUAAUCCAAGUGUGUCUGCGAAUUUACAACACUUUGCCAAAAAUAUGUCACUACACAUAGACGAUUAUAUAUUUGAAACAGUGUUAGGGCAAGGCUCCUUCGGAACAUACUAGAAGAAGUGAAAUGUUUGCACACGUUGAGGCACACUAAUAUAGUGGCAUAUUAUGGAGCUUGGAUAGAGAACAAUCACAGUUACAUUCUUAUGGAGUAUGCAACGCGUGGCACCCUGAAAGAUCUGUUAGAAAACAACGAGACACCGCUCAAAGAGGAAGAUGCGCUGUACUUGUUCUCCCAAGUUGUUUUAGGAGUCCAUCACAUUCAUUUCAAAAAGAUUCUUCACCGUGAUUUGAAGCCGGAAAAUAUCAUGCUGACUGGCAGUCGCGGUGACAUCGUGAAAAUUGGAGAUUUCGGCGUCUCGAAAAAUUUCGCGGAGUAUCAUUCACUAUUAACGAACUCAUCGAUCGCAUGUCGCGCCGGAUCUUUUCGUUACAUGGCACCGGAAAUGCUGAGGGACCAAUUUUACGACUUCAAGUGCGACAUAUGGAGCAUGGGUGUCAUUCUCUACGAAAUGGUCACGAAGAGACACCCCUUUCCUGCUACGACUUUAACGGAUAUUAUAAGAAUGAUCUGCGAGGAAAGGCCACGACCCCUUCCCGAGGGAACGUCAACGACCAUUAUUAGCCUGAUAUCAAAAAUGUUGAGAAAAGAUCCGUUUCACCGGCCUAAAAUAGAUCAAUUGGUCAUUUGUUCGUACCUCGUGCCUUUCAUCAUUAGAAUAUAUUUAAACUUGGGACGAAUUUCGAACGUUAUUAACAAGGGGAACGGGAACUACGAUUCGGGAAUAUUUUUGAGAUUUCUAAAAUCGCAA